ACUGUAUCAGAUGCGACCGCUAAAGAUUCAAGGGGAAGCUCUCACCACGAGCUUAUUGUUAUUGCUACAAACACCCUGAUCACCUACUCAUUCUUGGAGAAAGCAAUACCAAUCUUGUCCUGAGCUGCUUCGGCGAAAACAUCUGAGACUAAUGGCCCCCCGAUUCGUUCGAGCGUCGAAGUAUCGACACGUCUUUGGACGCUCUACUAAGAAGGAACAAUGCUAUGACAACCUCCGUAUCUCGAGGAACGCAUGGGACUCCAACAUCAUCAAGGCGAACCCGGAAUACCUCGCUGUCAACUGGGAAGCGAGUGGAGGCGGAGCUUUUGCGGUCAUCCCGGUGAACGAGCGGGGACGGCUACCAGAGCAGCUACCGCUCUUUCGAGGCCAUACGGCAGCGGUGCUAGACACGGACUGGAACCCGUUCAAUGACUCCUUGAUCGCAUCUGGUGCCGAUGAUGGGAAGGUGUUCAUCUGGCAAGUCCCAGAGGACUUCACCCUGUUAACCGAUGCAGAAGAGCCGGCAGACGUCAGCCCCGUUGCGCGACUGAGCGGCCACGCGCGCAAAGUCGGCCACGUCCUAUUCAACCCCUCCGCCGCCAACGUGCUCGCCAGCUCUUCCGGCGACUUCUCCGUGAAGCUCUGGGACAUCGAAGCUGGAACCUCGAAACUACAACUCAAACAUGGCGACAUUGUCCAAUCCAUGUCGUGGAAUCCUAGCGGCUCCCUGCUGGUGACGACCAGUCGCGACAAGAAGCUGCGGAUCUGGGACGUUCGACAGGAGAAGCCGGCGCAUGAGGUGGCGGGCCAUAGCGGCGCGAAGAACAGCAGGGCGGUUUGGAUGGGCGAGCUGGACCGGAUAGCGACGACGGGAUUCUCGCGGAUGAGUGAUCGGCAGCUUGGAUUGUGGGAUGCGCGAGCGCCGACGGAGCCCAUCGGUGGGUUUCAGAUCCUGGACUCCAUCUCUAGUAUCUGCAUGCCGUUCUGGGACGACGGGACGAACUGCCUAUACUUGGCCGGGAAGGGCGAUGGCAACAUCCGCUACUAUGAGUACGAAAACGACAAGUUCGAAUAUCUAUCCGAAUACAAAUCCAGCGAUCCACAACGUGGCAUCGCCUUCGUCCCCAAGCGCGGCGUGAACGUCCACGAAAACGAAGUCAUGCGCGCCUACAAGACCGUCAACGACUCCCACAUCGAGCCCGUCUCCUUCAUCGUGCCCCGCCGCGCCGAAGUCUUCCAGGACGACAUCUACCCCCCAUGCGUCGGCCUCAAACCCGCCAUGUCCGCCGCCGACUGGUUCGCCGGUAACGAAGGCCUCCCGCCCAUGAUCUCCCUGGAGAGUGUCUACGAGGGCGAGGCGCCCAAGGAGAUCCCCGCCGACUACAAGCCCGCCGCCGCAAAGCCGGCCACCCCGCCACCCGCCAAGGUCGAGCCGCCGAAGCCCGUCGAGGAGGAGAAGCCCAAGCCCGUCGCCGCUGCCGGCCCGCCGCCAUCCAUGAAGGAUAACCAGGCGUCCAUCGCGAGCAUGGCAUCCAAGUUCGCCGACAACGACAACGAGAGCGACGAAGAGGAGAGCGAGGAGGAGUUCGAGGAGGUGCAGAAACCCAUCGACCGAUCGGCGGCGGUGGCGGCGCGCACGGAGCCCGCGAAGCCGACUCCCCAAGCGGCGCCCGCACAGCCCGCGCAGCCGACUGUCGUCGAGAAGCCAGCGCCGACGCCGACGCCGACCGCGGCGCCGUCCAGUACUGCGGCUCCAACAGGAGCGGGCGGACCGGGCGAGGUGCUGCGGACGCACCUGGCGGACAUCAAGUCGCUGAUCGAGGCGCAGUCAAAGCAGAUCACGGCGCUGAACGGGAAGGUGGAGGGCUUGGAGCUGAAGAUAGGGCAGGGGGGCGCAGGGGGAAGUGAGCGGGAGCAAGAGUUGGCGGAGAAGGUGAGGCGGUUGGAGAUGGAGUUGGAGGAGGCGAGGGGGUAGAGGGGGGAGCGGAGAUGAUUUCACGGGGUUGGGAGAAGGACGGAGGGGAGGGGAGGAUUUUGGGAGUGACGAUUAGCCAGCUGGGGUGUUCCGUUUGGUGUUGCAUGGAGUCUGUAGGAGCGCUGGAUACGCGGAUCAGAAAACCCAUGUUUUCAUUUAUGUUUCGUGGCCGAGAGUGAGCGAUCGUAUCGGAUCGUGAGCGUACAAUGUCAUGCCUGUUUCAACCCUGGUGCACGCCAAUUUGCCUCGUGCUUGAGCGAGUCUCGUGUCUGUCAUCAUCGAACAAGAGGACUGAAGUGAGAAAUGUCCCCAAACGCCACUGCCAUGAAACCUGAUACAUCCUGAAGUAUGUAACCGAAAUCCUCCAUGUCAUGUCCACCACUGCUGCUCGCGAGAGCAUGCCCAUCUACAUGCAAUGCAUCAGAUGUUAAACUUUAACAAACGCUGCAAAGUUCAUCGUUAGUC